CGUUACUUACUAAUUAUCGCGAGAUUUCAUCCUGGGAAGCGCGACAAUAAACUCUCCAUGUUAGCUUGUCAAGUUUAACUCCUUGUUGGCUGAUUUGAAUUUAAAAAAGGACAUAAUUCAGCUGAUAUUAAGACUUAACUUGGAUUGCUGCUGCUAUGUUCCCAUCAUCCCUUGCUUCUAACUGAAGCGACACAUCACCAUGAGGCGAAAGAUGAAGAGGAAGUUGGUGCAGUCGGUCCUGUAAUCUGUAUGGAGGAUGUGGUUCUGCACUAUCAGCCUGGAUCAGCUGCUGGGCUCAGCUCUCUGUUAGAGAGGACUGAGAAGCUUCUGGAGACUUUCCCCUGUCGGAUUCCUCCAGUCUUCACCCCCUGGUACCCCACCUCCACAGACCACCACCUGCCCAUCAGACCCGCCAAACCUGCUCCCGUCAUCGCCUGCUCGGAUGACUUCUUCUGCUCUGACAGCAGGACUCACACACCUCAAAUCCAGCCAAAGAAAUCUGAAGUUGAUGCUGCACCUGCAGAGACUUCACCGGAAAAACCACAAGAACCCAAAGAUGUUGCCUUUAUCUCAGAAACAAAUGACACGUUACCAGAGAUAGAGGUCCCAAGACUUCACCUUGAAAAACACAAAGUUGUCUCUUCUCUCACAGAGUCGCUGGUCAAGCGGUCUUGGAGCGUGUUCACACAGAAAGGAGGUCUGCAGAGCUCCCAGUCUCUGUCCAAACUGUUCCGUCACAUGGUGUCCCUCCACAGGCUCCACUUCCACCAGAGGGCCAAAUGGGUGAUCAGGCAGCACAACUGUGGGGCGACCAGGGACAUCGAACAGGUGUGGCGAUCUCUGUGCCGCUCCGUCCAGAGCUCCAUGCUACCGACGUGUAACGCCAACAUCCAGAGGGAGCGGGCGGAGAUCUGGGUGUUCUGUGACGUUGUCUACUCCGAGCAGGUGGGGUGUCUCCUGAAGGCGGAGCUGCAGCUGACGGGGAGGAUCCGUCUGUCGGUUCACAGACUGGAAAACAUCUUCAGCAUGUAGAUGCGCAUCAGGCUCCAUGGGGGUUGUAUUAGUACACACAGCGCUUUUUCUGAGAGCCAGUGUCAUUUUUUAAUGGUUUUUAAUGUGUAGGGAACCGUUGCAUGCUGCUGUCUAAUGUAAAAAGAUGGUUCAUUUUCAGAAAAGCACUGGUCACGUCACUGUAGCAAUUGUAGGAUUAUUUCAUGAAAUGCUGAGUGGAGGCACUGCCAAGCGCCCUGCCAGCGCCCUGCUGCCAGAGAAUGACGCUCUGUUGACACAUGGCCUUAGAAUAUCUAACUGCUUUACCUUUCCGUUACUGCCCCUUUUUGGCUGGAAACUGAGCUGUCACUCUGAACUGAACCUUUAUAACACGAAAGUCACACAAUAACACAAACAAACUAUAAAAAUCAGAGACUCCAUUUUCUGUUAAUGGAGUCUGGUGGCUUUCAACAGUAUUGCUAGAAAUAACGACCUCCAUUAAAACCGAUUAGAUUGGCGGUAUUUAUCCUAGUUUGGGUAAUGGAUUUGUUACUACAGCAUGUAAACAGGGCACCUAUAGUUAAAAUAAUAAAACACAAACACAAAAAGUAUUUAUCAACAGUAAAAAAAAACAGAUUUAUCUUUGCAGUAUUUCCAUCGAAUACACUAUAUACCUUUACAGAAUCUGUUUUUAAACACUUAGAUUAACUUAACUAAGUGGGAUACUAUUACCUAAUACGAGUGUGCAAAGAAGUGGGCGUUUUAAAGGAAAAUAUAAAUGGUACAGUGGGAAAGAGCUGUCUGACAGUAAGGCAAAGCAGUGAAGAUAUUCUAAAAAUAGCAUUCACUGGUAUUGAUAUUAUCUUUACUGAUGUGGGUAAGAAAUGGUUUCAAGGAGGCUAAAAUAAGUUUUGCUGAUGACCCGUCCAUAGCAGUAAAUUGCUUAGAUUACUUGCUGCUUCUACAAACUGGGGCUUGCUAACCAUUAUCCAUAGUCAAUAAUCUCUCAAUGGACAUGUACCUCACACAAUGGAUUAGGAUGUUUACAUGUGCAACACAUCAUAAAUAUUCCAAAAACAUGAUCAUAACCAGGAAAGUGAUCCACAUGUAAACACAACUGUUUUUAAUUCACCAGCCAUUCAACAUACAUUCAGUAUUUAUUAACAAUACAAGCUAGUAAAUUCACCACAUAUGAAACGAUUUUUUUUAUUGCCUCUGUUUUUUAAAUGUUACAUUAUUGGUCUCAUGACAACAUUGUAUAAGUGUGUGAUUUUAUUAGUAAUUCAUGGAAAUAUGAGCUCAUUAAUGAGCUGAACUGAGGGGGGAUUGAAUCCUCAACCAAAAUGGAGUUGUGCCAAAUUCCAGCGUGUUUUUAAAUGCGUAUGAAUUAAUUAAGAUUGUAUUAUUAAAUAAUUAUUUUGUUGCGAUGUAAAUAAAGGUUUACUUUUUAAAAAUGAA